UUUGGAAGCAGAGCACCAGUAAUAUGACUGGAGACAAAAGGUUAUAAGGAGCUGUGACUACAUUCAAAGGCUCUGGUCGCAAAACAGAAUCCAGGGAAAUAUUUCUGACCAGGAGCUGAGUGAACAGAAAUUCCGAGGGGGGAAAGAGCCCCAUACAAGAUGAGGAAGCCUGGAUUGUUGCCACACCUGCUUAGGAAGAUCACGGAUAGGCACCGAGCAUUACAUUUACACUUUAUGAACACAGCACUCUUGGUGCUUAUUUGGACGGGCAUUUCCAAAGCCCAGAAGGAUUGCACAGGUGUGGAGUGCAAGCAGCUGGAAAACUGCAUCGAAGAAGUGCUCGAGCCAGAUGAAUGCUGUGCCUCCUGCCUGCAGCACGGCUGCACCUGUGAGGGCUACCAGUACUAUGACUGCGUCAAUGUGGGCUUCAUCAACGGCAAAGUCCCCGAAGGGCAGUCUUACUUCGUCGACUUUGGGAGCACGGAAUGCUCCUGCCCCAAGGGGGGAGGAAAGAUCAGCUGCCAGUUCAUGCUCUGCCCAGACCUCCCGCCCAACUGCAUCGACGCAGUGCUCCCGUCGGACGGGUGCCCGCAGUGCGGGAGAAUAGGUUGCGUCCACGAGGAUCAGAAGUAUGCAGCGGGGCACACGUUCCACAUGCCUCCAUGCAAAGUAUGCCAUUGCCCCAAUUCCGGAGGGGACCUCAUGUGCUACCAGCUGCCAGACUGUAACCAGUCCACGCUAAACCUCCAUAGCCCAUCCGAUGCUGGAGACACUGAACCGGAGCGGCACUAUGAUGAUCCCUACAGUUACGACCAGGAGGCCCCUGAGGCAGACACCACUCAGGUGGAGCCGCCCAAAAAGUACUACAGUUACUCGGCACAUGUGGAGCAAGAGAGCAUGGGGCAAGAGCAAAGUGAGGAUUAUGAUUACCUUGCAAGCAGUGUCACUUCCCCACCGCCAACCCACCCUGCUCCACACACAGAAGCAACUCUGCCUCCAACCAGCAAAAAUGUCCCCACAACGCACCCUCCCGAAACUAGCUGUGCCACUAAAAAGAGGGAGGGAAUGAUUUCCACAAGCACCGCGUCAACAGCCAAGGUGCAGCAGAGUCCUGACUCAGUGACCACUGCAAAUGGCAUUUUAAAGGAAGGAGUGGUGGUUACAACUGAGAUGCCCAGAAAGGUGGCACGAUUUGGGAAGAAAAACCCAGCAAAUCGAGAGAGAAAUGAGCAAGAAGAAAAUGCCCGCUUUAGAAUCAAACUAAACCUGAAAAAAGACAGCAAGCAGAAGGAACACAGAUUGUUGGGAUUAAAGGAGUCCAAUAUGACUCGGUUGCAUGGGCCAAACUCUUUGCUGGAGAAAGAGGAAGGAAAUAAUUUUCCCCAGGUCAAGUUUAAUCCAACUCCACCAUCUCCCAUUGCGCUGAAAGAAGACAACAACCGGAUAUCACAAAAGCAAUCUCAGACACUUUAUCAUUACCAGCCUGAUGAGGAUGUAGAUCCCAAUUCUGUUCAUACUUCCUCAAAGUUACCAAAAGGUUCAACUAAAGAUUUGAUUGAAACUUGCUGUGCUGCUGGACAACAGUGGGCAAUUGAUAAUAAUGAAUGCACCGACAUCCCUGUAAGUGGAACUGAUGGUGACAUUUGCAGAAUUUCUCAGAAGCAGUGUUGUGUCUCAUAUUUAAAGGAAAACAGCUGCAUUGCUGGCAUGAUUGCGGCCAGAGAAGGUGAUUUGUGCAAAUCUGAUGAAAGUGACACCUGUGGAGGUUCAUCUUAUAAGCAAUGUUGCGACUGCUGCUCCCUGGGCCUGCGAGUAAAGAGCGAGGGACAAAGCUGUGAGUCCAACCCAAACCUUGGCUACCCCUGCAACCAUGUGAUGCUGUCCUGCUGCGAAGGAGAAGACCAUCUGAUUCUUCCAGAGCUAAAGAGGCACCCUGAACCGCUGCCAACAGUGACACCCGAGAAACUUUCAGAGAUUGAGGAUCACAAUGAGGCCUUGUCGAUGAUCAGUAAUGAAGCCGAAUUGUCAAACAGUUUACCUGGGGACGACCUGGAUGAGUGCCUGGCCUAUCCUGGAGAGCUCUGCCAGCACCUCUGCAUCAACACUGUGGGAUCCUACAAGUGCUCGUGUUUCCCAAGAUUUACCCUGCAGGAUGAUGGGCUCAGCUGCAACCCAGACCUUGAAGAAGAGUUUGAAAACACUGCCCUAGGGGACAAAGCCACUUCUGCACCAGAAGUCUUGAGCAGCCAGCCUGUACAGGAAGCCCCAAAGAUCCAGCAGGUAGAAGAAGAUAAGUGCAAGGAUAAUGGUCCCUGCAAGCACGUGUGUAAUACUGUGGAAGGGGCAGUUGUGUGCUCUUGUUUGCCUGGAUUUGCCCUCAUGUCAGAUGGGGUUUCCUGUGAAGACCUCGAUGAGUGCCUUACAGGUAUUCACAGUUGUUCCGGAAGACAAUUAUGUGUGAACACACAGGGAUCAUUCUACUGUGUCAACCACAGUGUAAUCUGUUCAGAGGGCUUUGUGCUCAACAUGGAUAGAAAAUGUGUUGAUAUUAAUGAAUGUAUAACAGAUGCCCAUACAUGUAAGAGAGGGGAACACUGUGUCAACACAAUUGGAUCAUUCACAUGUCUUCAGCAACUCAGCUGCCAAUCAGGUUAUGAACUGAAGGAUGGUGAAUGUAUUGAUAUUGAUGAAUGUGAAAGAGGAACUCACAGCUGCAAGAUAAACUUUGUCUGUCAAAAUACAAAAGGAUCAUUCUAUUGUGAAUCAAAGCAACGGUGCAUGGAUGGAUUUUUACAAGAUCCAGAGGGUAAUUGUGUUGACAUUAAUGAAUGUACAUCACUUCCUGAACCAUGCAAGGCUGGAUUCAACUGCAUCAAUACCGUUGGGUCUUAUACCUGUCAGAGAAACCUCUUGAUUUGCAGCAGAGGGUAUCACUCAAGUGAAGAUGGAACUAGAUGUGUUGAUGUUGAUGAAUGCCAGACUGGCGUACACCGCUGUGGAGAUGGACGGAUUUGUCACAAUCUACCUGGAGCUUACCGCUGUGACUGCAAGAUGGGAUAUCAGUAUGAUUCGUUCAGCAGAACCUGUAUCGAUAUAAACGAAUGCUGGAAUUAUCCAGGCCGACUGUGUCAACACUCGUGUGAAAAUACGCCUGGGUCCUAUCACUGCUCCUGCUCCUCUGGCUUCCGCCUGGCUUAUGAUGGGAAGCACUGUGAAGAUGUCAAUGAAUGUGACAACAAUCCCUGCAGUCAAGAAUGUGCUAAUAUUUAUGGCUCCUAUCAGUGUUACUGCAGGCAAGGCUAUCAAUUAGCAGAAGACGGCCAUUCUUGUAAAGAUAUUGAUGAAUGUGCACAAAGUGCAGGUAUUCUGUGCACUUUCCGCUGCCUGAAUGUACCCGGAAGUUACCAGUGUGCUUGUCCUGAUCAAGGAUAUACCAUGGGAGCAAAUGGAAGGACUUGUCGAGAUAUUGAUGAAUGCGCUAUGGGAACUCACAAUUGCACUUCAACAGAAUCUUGUUACAAUAUCCAAGGCAGCUUCCGAUGUCUUUUGUUUCAGUGCCCACCAAACUACAGAAAAGUGUCUGAUAUGAGAUGUGAGCGUAUCAACUGCUUUAACUAUCUGGAGUGCCAAAACACUCCGCUGCGAAUCACUUACUAUCAGCUUAACUUCCAAACUAACAUUGUUGUCCCAGCUCAUAUUUUCCGAAUUGGUCCCUCGCCUGCUUAUGCUGGAGACAACAUAAUCCUUACAAUCAACAAAGGAAAUGAAGAAAACUACUUCAGUACCAGAAAUCUUAAUUCCUACACAGGCAUCGUCUACCUUCAGCGGCAAGUAAAGGAACCCAAAGACUUUUUGUUAGAUGUGGAAAUGAAGCUUUGGCGUCAAGGAACAUACACAACUUUUCUGGCCAAAAUCUAUAUUUUCAUCACUUCUCAUGCAUACUGAGGCAUAGCAAUGCAGCUGGAGUUUAUUGGUGCUAUUGUCUUUAACUUUUCUAUCAGAUCUGAUGAUGAUGGUGGUAGAAAGUCUAUAUCUAACCUCUUAUAUUAUUUUUCUAGCUCUUAAAAAUCUUUGUUUUUUGUAAAAUUAACUUAAAAUAUAUUAACUCACCUUUCUUAUAACUCUGGAUUUUUAACUGUGUGAAAGAAGGCUUUGAGCUUUAAAGCAAAUUUAUGUACAGUAGUUAUACUAUGUUCUAAAACCUUCUGUUGGUACUGCACCAGCGACGACUUCAGAAUCCAUUACUUGGGGUGGGGGUAUACUUAUUUGCUUACUGCUGCAACCUUAUAUGCAUUUACUGGGCAGUAGGCCCCAUUGACCUCAAUUGGAUUUAUUUCUGAGCAGACAUACACAGGGUUGCACUCGAAAAAUUCAGAGGGGGCACUGAAAUCAGCUGGACUAGAAAAGGGACUUCAGUGCCACUGGACUGGGCAAGCAGGUGCAAGUUCCUGCCCUUGAAAAUGCCUGAAGCAUAAUUGCACAGCAGGCAGGCAGGCAGGCAGAUAGCAUGUGACCUCCUUUCAUCUUCUAAGUUUCUUCCAGUACAGCUUCUCAAGGGAAAAGAAAACCCUGUGGCAGAAGAUGCAUGAAGAUACUUUGGUAGAACUCACUCUGCUGUAAAUGCACUGCGGAGUCAGUAUUUAUAGUGAUAUCUUUCUAUAGGCCAACAGAGAAAUCAGAUGCUGGGGUAUUGUCCCCUUCCUAUUCACAGUACCUAUAGCUGCAUCCUCCUCUUACUGCAGCUCAGUUAAAUGGGGCAGCAAUGGGGCAGGUCUGGUGGUGGAAAUAUCAACCUUUUGGGCAACAGAGUAAAGAGAGACAAGACAGCCAUAUGCAUGUUUGAGUUGCUAGAAUGCCAGAGAAAACUGCUGAUGUCAAUAUAGGCUUCACAACCAAUUCACAGCACGACGAGCUCUUAUUAUGUAUUUAAUAUAUCCCCUGGCUUUUGAGUAGGAGUACUGGUUCUGGUGCAAGAAUGACACAGUCUUCUCAGCCACUUUGGUGAUGUCCAAUGUCUAGGAAAAGCCCCCUGGGCAAUUUUCAUAGUGUCCAGAAGCUAUGGAGGUACAUAGAAACAUAGAAACAGAGCGAGUCAGAAGGGGUCUCCCGGGCCAUCUAGUCUGACCCCCGGCUCCAGCCGGCUCCGCUCAC